UGGACUAAAGAAAAAGAUGAAGAUCAAAGUGAAAUCACAGGAUCCCAAAAAUCAGGGAUAUAUAUACCCUUAGGAUUUCAAUUUGAAGACCCAGACGUAUCUGACUUAGCAGACAGGUUAGCAAGAACAACCUUUAUGGCAAAUAAUAAACAACCUGUAGAUAAAAGACAAAAAAAUUUGAAUAAUAAACACUUAGAUCAGAUAUAUAGAGAAGUAAAAGAAACCUUAAAUAAGGUAUUACCUUCAGGAAAAGGAAAAAAGAAAGAGGAAGAACCUCCUAAAAAUCAACCACGAAAAAUGGAUCAGAUAAUUAAACAAAAAUUAAAUAGACUAGAUAAAGCUAUAAUUGAUGGAGAAAUAGCUAAAGAUACAAAAAUUGAACAAACAAUUCAAGAUCUCAAUUGGAGAUUAGAACAAAUAAACAAAACCUACAGUUAUAUCCAAGUAACAAAAAUUAAGGAUACUGACAAACCUGCAGAAACACGAAGAGAAUACUUAUAUGAAGUAUUAUCAACAUUGAAUGAAACAAAUGAUGCAACAAUAUGGAAAUAUCGAGAUGAUAUAAAAGAUCUUCAAGAAGAAUAUAAUAGAGAUAUUCAUGGAAUAUUAGACAUAACUGCUGAAGAAUUCAAUGAUAUGGGACUCAUUGAACAGCAAGCAGCAGUAACUGCGUUAAUAACAGCACAAGCACACUGUAAAGAUGAACCUACAAAGCAAGCACUAUUUGAAAAACACAAAGAAUUCUUAGAAUCUCAAUUAGAAAAAGUAGAAGAUAUGCAUGAUGAUACAGAAAUUCAGGGAAGAAUUUAUGGAGAUGUCAUCAAUGCAAGAAAAAAGAAAAAACUACAAAUAUUACUGCCCGAUCCAGAAGGAAGAAGCACUUACAAACCAUACGAACAAUAUGAUGUACCGAGAGAUAAACAAUUUAUUAAAGAAAAUGAACAAAUUGGAAUAAGAAUACUAUACUCACCUACAGAUGAUGUAUUCUUAGAUGAAAGAUUAUCACAAGCCUCUAGAAGGAAUAAAGACAUCCCUCAAGGAGUGUUACCAAAAGUAACAAAAUUCCUUGGAGAUGUAGGACAAGAAAUUAAAAAUAAAUUCACAUCUAGACCAACGACACCUUCACCACUGAGUCAACAUACCUUAAGUAGAGCACCCACACCUACUAUUGAAAAUAGUAACAAUAUAGUUGAUCGAAAAAGAAAUGAAAGAGGUUAUACACCAUCACCAGAUCCUUAUGAAAGAAAACAGCAAAGAUACAAAAGCCCAAGUCUUAGUUCAAAACAUACAGACCAAAUUUCUAAUGAAGAAAUAGAAGAAAUAGAAAUACCAUAUUAUGAUAAUGUGCAUAAUGAAGGACAAUCCUCAACCUACAGACCAGUACAUGGUACCUUUAGAGGACAAACAUAUACUACAUAUGUACCUGAAACAAUAUAUCAAGAAUUAGAGGAAUUCAAAGAAGAAGAAUUAAGUGAAUUAGAAGCACAAUUAGAAGCAGAUUUAGAAGAACACCGAAUUGAAAGAUUUGGACAAGAAGUUGAAAGUCAACUCAAAGAAAAUAAAGAAGGGUAUGGAAUAAAUGAUGAUGAAGAAUAUAAUCAUAUUUUAAAUAACUUAACU